CCGGCUCCGCCAUCAAGCAGACUGCCUCUUCCGCCCCAGCUUAUUCCGCGCCCUGUCGUCAACCGCCAGCCAUCUUCGACCCAGCUCAUUUCGCCGCAGGUCCUUGCUACCAACCGCAUGGGUUUCGCAGGCCACCGACCGCAGCAACAGAUCAUGCCGCAGCAACAGAUCCUGCCAGUGACGCCCCGCCGUCGGCCAUCCCUGCGUCACCCGCGGUUCCCUCGCCCGCGGUUCCGUCACCCAGGAUUCCCUCACCCGUAAUUCCGUCGCCGACGGUUCCGCCGAUGCAGACUCGGUUCUGUUCCGGCGACCGUGCCGCCCGGUCGCGCGAGAUUCUUGAGGGCGGCAAGCCAGUACGAGCAGAGCAGACUGACGGAGUCGGCCUCGAUGUCGGUACAGCCGAGCAGGAAGGGCACGGCACUCACCACGAGACAGAGUGUGGCCGGUAUGGCAUGGAAUACACCCGCCUCCACCAUCAGACUCAGCCAACGACAACAGUACAACGCCUCCACCGUCUCCCACGAGGCACGCGGAAGGAUCCACCGACCUACCACCGCCAUCAGCACUGGGAUCUGGCGCAC